AUGUCUAAGGAAUAUCCAGGUUUCUGGUCGAAUUACUACUGUAGUAAAGAGAAGACAUUCUACUGUUAUCGGUUCCUGAUCCUGGUGAAGGAGAACAAGACCUGGGAGGAGGCUCGGGAGUACUGCAGAACAAAUUACACUGGUUUGGCCUCCGUGACCUCUGAGACGAGCCUGCGGCAGCUGGAACUAGAGACGAUGCAGACGCAGACGGAGAGCGUGUGGACCGGCCUGCGCUUCAUGAAUGGACAAUGGCUCUGGGUGAGCGGGGAGCAGCUGGGGAGCCUGGUCUCAAUGCCUUCAUGUCCAGCUCCAUCUUACCGCUGUGGAGCUCUCAACAACAUGACAAGAACCUUGAAGAACCUAAACUGCAAUGAGAGACUGAACUUCGUCUGCUAUUGGCAGUGA